AUGUCUGUGUCAGAGCAGCAGGACGGGGCUCGCAAUGGCACGACCAAAGGUUACAGGCAACGUACUCGGGCGGCCUGCACGAAUUGCAGGCGAAAGAAAGUCCGAUGUACUGGGGAGCGACCCAUCUGUGCGUUAUGCAGCCGCACCUCGCAAGAAGAAGACUGUCUAUAUGACAUGUCUGAGGAUCCUGAGGCCACUUCCACUAACGGAAAUGCGCCUCCGACCAACGACAAUAUGACCGUACUCACACUACUACACGACCUGGGCCAAAGGAUGUCUCGUCUUGAGGAAACGAUGUCAAGCCUGGUCGAAUCUUCCCGCAAUCGGUCGCCAGACAAUAGGCCGCGGAAACGUGCAAGAGUUCGAAGUAGGAACCGUCCGUCAACAUACUCCUCUUCUCCUGCCUUAUCCGGGGUCGAACUUGCCCAAGACUAUGGAAGUAUUCUGCCGUUACCCACUCAUCGCCUACUCACCGAAGCGGUAAAUGUGUACAUGCAAUACAGUCAUAAUCAACCUUACGCCAUUUUCAAUCCGACCAGGCUGCGCCAACAUCCCGAGAGGCUACCGCUGUAUUUACAGUUUGCUCUGAUCGCCACAGCCGUCAGAUUUGCGGAUCUCUGGGCCAGCGAUACUGAUGUGAUUGAGCAAAAUCCACAGAACAUAUCGCGUUAUGCAAGUGCGGCGUGGCGCAACGUAAGCAUGCCAUGGUCGAGCCAUGAUGACUCCCUCAUCUUUCCUAUUAUUCAGGCCAUUCAUCUGCUGUCUGUCAUCGACUAUGUUCAUGGCAGAUGUUCCGCGUCUUGGGUGAAACUCGGAAUGGCCAUUCGACUGGCCUACCUCUUGCGGAUGCAUCUGGAGGUCGAAGAGGCCGGGAGCGUACACUUUGAUCCGGUACACCAAGAAGAACGGAGACGAGUAUUCUGGUCAAUCUUCAUUCUCGACCGCUUGAUCUCUUGUAGUCGAGAUCGCUAUCCAGCUAUUCUCGAGGAUGACUGCACGGUCUUUGUCCCAUGUCCGGACUCCGAGUUUGAGAGCGGCAGUUUCUCGAGUUCACGAUCAACGCUUGCAGACUUGACCCAUGAAUCAACCGCUCCUAGUCUGGGUGACGAUUCAUUUGCUCUGGUCGUCCAGAUGAGUGCCGCGCUGGGGCGUGUGUGCCGAUACGUAUUGCAUGAGCAGAAUGUCGGCCAUCAACCGGUCCCUUGGAGCUCAGAAUCACAACACAUGAAGCUUGACUCUGCUCUCUUGGGACUCGAGGCUCGACUGACGGCAGAUCAAGUCGCCGAAUGGCCUCGCAAUGAGACGAGCGCCGCAUCGUCCAAUCCGAGUGCGUCUGGACGUAGGCUGUUGUCACAGAAUAUCUUCCACCUUUGUUAUUGUCUACUCUACCAUCCUUUUCUUCUGCAAAGACGCUUGGUCACACUCAGGAAGGCGGCGCCCCCAACAUUUAUCGACAGAUUACUAUCAAUCUGCCAGAGUCACGCGACUGCCAUCACCACUCACAACUCCAUUCUAAGAUCUUCGGGCGUAGUCAUGCCAUCCUUCUACUCGUACUGUCAAGGUGUUGCGUUCUCAAUACACGCCGUCGCAAACAGUCCCGCAACCCCAGCUCUCACAUACAGACAAAAUCUCAACACACAUUGCAACGACAGUCUUGCCAAUCUUAGUUGGAUGUCUAAUCAUUGGCCGAUCGCAAAAACCAUUCUGUCUAAAGUCGAAAAGGUCAGCAUGCGACUUGACGCUCUGGCCCUCGGUACCUUCAGUGUGAAUACCAGCAGCAAGGACCACAUACAGGACGAGGAGCUUGUUCGUGGUCUCUGGGAAGUGGUGGACUAUGGAGCAAAUUGCACAGCUACGACUGGGGGUAGUACGAGUGUGGCUGGGUCAUAUCUCGAGCCGUUCGAUUCUACUGGCGACUUUGAUCCUAUGUUGCUAGAGAUUCUGGCGCAACAAGUCGAUUGGGACGGCGUGACAGGUUCUUAG